CAACAGGCAAAUUCCCUUUUCGGUUAAUCUAACCACGUGUUCUUCAAUUACAAGCCUGAGGUGGACCUCCAUGCCUCCCCUCUCCCCCUAUAAAAACCUCUUCUCCUUCCCCCUCUCUCCUCAAAUCUCGAUUCUUCGCUACAUAUCAGUUUCAAUUCACACUUUCUUUAUUCACUCACUCACUCACUCGUACAAAAACCAAACCAAAAGCUAUCAAACAAAGCAUCUCCCACAUCCAUUCACCUCUGCUACUGCUAAAAGUGCCAUUUUUUCAAAUUUACCAAAACAGAGAGAACCAUGGCUUCGUCUGCAGCAGCAGCAACUUCAAGCACAUGGGUCAAGCCUAGAUUUACUUCUCCAAGCGCUUCUUCAACCACCAUCUCCUUGAGCAGGCCCACCAAAAAGCCCAACAUACGUUCCUCUCUCCAAACAAUCCAAUUCCCCAAGCAGUAUCACCCCUCAACUAGUAUUGUACCUCCAAAAGACAAACCCACUUCUUCUUCUUCUUCUUCUUCUACUUCUUCAACAGCCAAUAAGCCUGUGCCCCAACAAUGGAACAUCUUACAGAAAGCGGCAGCCAUGGCCUUGGACGCAGUGGAAUCUGCCUUAGUCUCACAUGAGCGCCAACAACCGCUUCCCAAAACCGCCGACCCCAGAGUCCAAAUCGCCGGCAAUUUCGCUCCAGUAACAGAGCUGCCCGUCCAGCACUCACUACCGAUUGCGGGCAGAAUCCCCGACAGCAUACGAGGCGUCUACGUUCGGAACGGCGCGAACCCACUUCAUGAACCCGUCGCCGGCCACCACUUCUUCGAUGGAGACGGCAUGGUUCACGCUGUCCAAUUCAAGGAUGGCUCUGCUAGCUAUGCCUGCAGGUUCACCGAGACGCGCCGGCUUAUUCAAGAGCGAGCUCUUGGUCGUCCGGUCUUCCCUAAGGCCAUAGGUGAGCUUCAUGGCCACUCUGGCAUCGCCCGGCUCCUCCUCUUCUAUGCUCGAGGACUAUUCGGCCUUGUCGAUCCCAGCCACGGCAUGGGAGUCGCCAACGCCGGCCUUGCCUACUUCAACGGUCGCCUCCUCGCCAUGUCCGAAGACGAUUUACCAUACCAAGUUCGAAUCACUCCCACCGGCGACCUCAAGACCGUUGGCCGCUAUGAUUUCAAUGGUCAACUUCGCUCCGCAAUGAUUGCUCACCCUAAACUCGACCCUGUCUCCGGCGAGCUCUUCGCUCUCAGCUACGAUGUUGUCCGAAAACCGUACCUCAAAUACUUCCACUUCUCGCCAAACGGGACAAAAUCACCCGACGUGGAAAUUCCUCUGCCUCAGCCUACCAUGAUUCAUGACUUUGCUAUUACAGAGAGGUUUGUGGUCAUCCCGGACCAGCAGGUGGUGUUUAACCUCCCGGAGAUGAUUCAUGGUGGCUCUCCGGUCAUCUACGACAAGAACAAAAUGUCCCGGUUUGGAAUUUUGGACAAGAAUGCCGCCGAUGCUUCCGGGAUCAAAUGGAUCGAAGCCCCCGAUGUCUUCUGCUUCCAUCUCUGGAACGCCUGGGAGGAGCCUGAGACCGAUGAGGUCGUAGUGAUUGGCUCUUGCAUGACUCCCGCCGACUCCAUUUUCAACGAAUGCGACGAGACCUUGAAGAGUGUUUUAACUGAAAUUAGGCUCAACUUGAAGACCGGCAAGUCCAUUCGCCGUCCCAUCUUAUCCGAUUCCGAGCAAGUGAACUUAGAGGCCGGUAUGGUGAACCGGAACAAGCUCGGAAGGAAAACCCGGUUCGCAUAUUUAGCCCUUGCUGAGCCGUGGCCCAGAGUAUCGGGUUUCGCCAAAGUAGACCUCUUCACUGGAGAGCUAAGGAAGUACAUCUAUGGAGACGAGAGGUAUGGCGGUGAGCCUCUGUUCCUUCCAAGAAGCCCCAGUUCGGAGAAAGAGGAUGAUGGCUACAUCCUAGCUUUCGUGCACGACGAGAAGGACUGCAAAUCGGAGCUGCAAAUCAUAAAUGCCGUGAAUUUAAAGUUAGAAGCCACAGUUAAGCUUCCCACCAGGGUUCCGUACGGCUUCCAUGGAACCUUCAUAAGUUCAAAGGAUUUAGAGAGGCAGGCCUAAUUUCGUUUAGGCUGUAUUUCGGGUUAGGGGAGAUUUACCUGAGGGAUAUGCUUGCCGAUACGUCCCCGGAAUCUCCUCCGUUUACAGUGACCUCCCCCACCCCAACUUUUUUUUUUUUUUUUUUUCCUUUUUCUUUUUAUGGUUAUGUUCAGUGAGAAGCUUCCGGGACCAGCUUGUAGCUUUUGGGUGUAUGUAGAAAUGGAGCUCAGCUGGUUUCUGCUGAUUCUUUCACUUAUGUGCAUGAUACAAGUAUAUAUUUACAAAAGAGAAUGUAAUAAUAAUAAUAUCUGUGUCUA